AUGUACGAAUUUCAGUACUCGUGUAUAUAUAACAGCAGACACGACUUGCAGAGCAAAAGAGUGAUAGACCACGGAAAAAGCCUGGGGUACGUGCACUCCGAGCACAUCACAGAAGGGCGCAUAUUUCUUGUGGGGACUCUAGAAAUAAGCUACAAGAGAGAGCCGAUACUGUCGAAGUACAGCGAGGCCAGCAGAGAAAUAGAGAAAAGUCCGACGGAUCACCUGUUCAGUGCAGCCGUGGACCCUAGAGAGCUCUAUGUAGACGAAAACGUGCAGAAUGAAGCCUGCCCGCUCGGAUGCAUUUUGCCGGAGACCGAAUACUUCCUGGAAAGCCCGAACUUGGAGAGGGUGAAGCUGCUCCUGGGCGACGAUGCAAGCACCCACUUGGUCGACGGAGUUGUGAUUGGCGUGUGGGGGGAGAGAACAGCCGACCACCAAUUCCUGGUCAGCGCGAUCAUCCAUGCUCUGGACGCGGCAGAGCCCGCGGGGAAGGAGUCCACAGUGUCCGCACGCCCUUGGAAAGAGGCUGGAAAAAUGUCAGACCAAGACAUUUUCAGGGACCAGGUUUUUCUGGUAACCCGAACAAAAGAGGCGAAAAUGGCGCCGAAAGAAACCACGGUCAUGCACCUGGGCAUGCUGGAUGAAGACCUGGAAGAGCCGCACGGCAGAGUCCUGGUUGUGCCAACUGCUCCGGAAAGCGCUUUGUUUAUGAUUCCUUGGAAGGCGUGCGAAACCACAGACGGUUUGCGAACAAAACACAAGAAUCUGGAGGCAGUUGCAAACCCGUCUGUUCUUAGCGUCAAUGGAAUUGCAGUGGGGAUUGUGAACAUAAAGAGCAUACUCUGCCUGCUGAAGCACCACAGCGCCAUGUGCACGGAGGCCAACUAUUUCAAGGCCUUGGAAAUACUCGUGAAGAACAUGCAUCUGUCCCCGCUGUCGCCUCUCUCUUGCCCAACCCUGCCGAUGAAAGAAGACGUGCUUGUCAUGGGCAGAGUGCCUGACGUUUUGGUGCUUAAGUGCGGCGUAGACAGCACGAAGCGCAUACAAAUCAGCGGGUGGACAGUGCUCUUGGUGCUGGUGAAGAGCCAGGCGCUCGUCCUGUCUAGGUAA